AUGUUGGCACCCCGCUCCACCUCCACGAAACAAUCUUCAUCUCUCCUCAUCUCCUUUCUCUUCCUCAUAGUUAUCCUCACGACUCUUAUAUAUUUUCUUCAAACAUCCUCUGUAUCUUUUGUUUCUCCCCCCUCUUCAUCUCAUUCACACGCCUCCCCAUUAUCUUCAUUCACACCCUCUAUUCCCUCAUCCCUCAACCCCUCAUCACCCCUAUCCAAAACUGUUCUAUUCUCCGAACAUUUAACAUAUGAAAAUCUUUCCCAUGAAUAUGAUCAUCUUUGGGAUGAAUUACUUCCACAAAAUAGAGGGUUUCUAAGGGUUUAUGAUGAAGAUAGGGAGUCGAAUGGGAAGGGAGAUGCGGAAGGAAAGAGAGGAGAAGUACAAAAGGGGAAGAAACAUAAAUAUGGAAUAACGAUGUUUCAUUCUCUCCACUGUUUAGGAAUCAUGAGGGGAGGAGUACAGGAAUUAUUCAGGGAGAUGGAGGAGUUGAAGAUUGAAGUUGAGGAGUUGAAGAUGGGGAAGAUGGAAGAUGAUGAAGAUGAGGAGAGCAAGGUGAGGAGGGAACAGAAGAAAAAGAAAGCAGGAGGGGGCCAUGGGCAUGGUCAUGAUUUUGGUCACAUGGAACAUGGGAAUCCACUACAUUGGUUACAUUGUUUUGAUUAUUUGAGACAGACGGUACUAUGCACAGCUGAUGGUACACUUGAGCCACCAAAAGCUGAUUCAAAAGGAAAGGAAAAUGUCGACGGGAUGAUGGAGAGGCAAUGUAAGGACCCUGAAGAGUUGUGGAAGUUGAGCGUUGAGUCUUUUGAGGCAACUAGUUAA